ACACCGACGCACACGCGCGCGCACUCACACCUGGACACGUGCACCCACUGCACGCUGUCGGCUGCCUGCAGGACGACGUCGUCGUCUUCGUCGUCGUGGUCUCGACUCGGCAGCCAGCCACUCGGCUGCGCGGGCAGGGCUGCGCGCAAGGUGUGCGGCGUGGCGGGCGCCGAGGAAGGACGCCCACAGCCGCGGCAGGGGUAAGGGGCGGUGAAGGUCCGGUCGCGGAGAACUUGGCGGCAUGAAGUCCCUGGGCCGCCUGCUCUCGCGACGCCUCUCCGCGCGCGACGAUGAGGAGGAGCUGUCGGAGCUCACGGUCAACGGCAGGCUGGGAGCCGUCUCGAGCCUCGUGGACGACGGCGCCUUCAGAGGCGAUCCCUUCAAGGGGGGCCCCAUCGAUGUACAGCCCGGCUACGGUGGGCUGGAGUCGAGUCCGCGAGUCGCGUCGCGCUCCCCUCCGUCCCCCGCGACUCCGAGCGCCGCGACGCGGCUGGGCACGCCGGCAGGACGGUUGAGCCGGCGCGAGCGCUCGCUGCUGCUGCUGCUGGCGCUCGCCCUGCUGGGCCUCGUCAUCGCCGGCCUGGGCUGGGGCCUCAGCGAGCGGCGAGCGCGACACGCAGGCGUGUGUUUGUCGGAGAGGUGCGUGCGCGUGGCCGCCGGCGUCCUCGCCUCCAUGGACCGCACCGUUGAGCCGUGCCAGGACUUCUACGGCUUCGCGUGCGGCAGGUGGGAGCGCCUCAACCCCCUCCCCGACGGCCACUCGCGCUGGACCACCUUCAGCUCCGUGUGGAGGCAGAACCAGGCGACGCUCAAGCACCUCCUCGAGCUGCCGGAGGAUGCUGCGGGCCGGGAGCUGGGCGACGCGCAGGGGAAAGCGCGGCGCUACUUCCGCGCGUGCAUGGACGAGCAAAGCAUCGAGCAGCGGGGAGCCGCGCCACUGCAGCAGCUGCUGACACAGCUGGGAGGCUGGAGCAUGCUGGGCACGUGGAACGAGACGGGCCACUCGCUGCAGGAGCUGCUGGAGGUCGUCAUGGGCUCCUACCGCGCCUCUCCCUUCUUCGCCAUCUACGUGGGGCAGGACGCCAAGCACUCCAACAGCAACAUCGUGCAGAUUGACCAAUCGGGUCUCGGAUUGCCGUCACGUGACUAUUACAUCAACCUGACGGCCAAUGAGAAGGUGUUGGCGGCCUACGAGGGCUACAUGGUGCGCGUGGCCGUGCUGCUGGGGGCGGAGGAGGCGGCGGCCAGCGCCGCGGCGCGCUCCGUGCUGCGCCUGGAGGAGGAGCUGGCGCUCAUCACGGUGCCCAUGGAGGAGCGGCGCGACGACGAGAAGAUCUACCACCGCAUGGCGCUCACCGAGCUCCAGGAGCUGGCGCCGACGCUGCGCUGGGACCGCCUCGUUGGCCGCGUGCUGGAGCCCGUGGCCCUGGCGGCGGCGGAGCCCCUCGUCGUGUACGCGCCCACGUACCUGCAGAACGCCGCGGCGCUCAUCAACCGCACCGACACCAGCGUGCUCAACGCGUACGUGCUGUGGAGCCUCGUGAGCAAGCUCACGCUCAGCCUCGGCCGCUCCUUCCGCCAGGCCAGGGAGGAGCUCCUGGAGGCUCUGCUCGGAGCGAAGGCGUCGUGCACCCCGCGCUGGCAGACGUGCGUGGAGGACACGGACAGCACGCUGGGCUUCGCGCUCGGAGCCAUGUUCAUCCACAGCAGCUUCGACAACUCCAGCAAGAGCAACGCCCAACAGAUGAUCGCGGAGAUCCGAGAGGCGUUCACGCACAACCUGGACUCGCUCCAGUGGAUGGAUCCGGAGACCAGAGUGGCCGCCAAGCAGAAGGCGAACGCGAUCCACGACAUGAUCGGCUUCCCCGACUUCCUCAACAACCAGACGGAGCUGGACGGCGUCUACACCGGGUACAAAGUGAGCGAAGACGACUACUUCGCAAACGUCCUCAGCUUCUUCAACUUCUCGGCACGAACGAUGGCCAAGCAACUGCGGAAAACUCCCGAGAGAGACACGUGGAGCAUGACCCCCCCCACGGUGAACGCGUACUACGGGCUGAGCCGCAACGUCAUCGUAUUCCCCGCGGGCAUCCUGCAGCCCCCCUUCUACAGCAGCGACUUCCCCAAAGCGCUGAACUUCGGUGGGAUCGGAAUGGUGAUGGGACACGAGCUGACGCACGCGUUCGACGAUCAGGGCCGUGAGUACGACGCGGAGGGGAACCUGCGUUCGUGGUGGGGGAACGAGAGCCUCACGGCGUUCCACAGCCACACGGCGUGCAUGGAGCGCCAGUACAGCUCCUUCACCGUGGCCGGGGAGCACGUGGACGGCCGCCGCACGCUGGGGGAGAACAUCGCCGACAACGGCGGCCUCAAGUCGGCCUACCACGCUUACGAGAGCUGGGUGAGUUCGCACGGGGAGGAGGAUUUGCUGCCCGGCGUGGGACUCACCAACUCGCAGCUCUUCUUCGUGGGAUUCGCGCAGAUGUGGUGCGCGGUGCGGACGGCGGAGAGCGCUCACGAGGGGCUGCUCGCCGACCCGCACAGCCCAUCGCACCUCCGCGUCGCCGGCUCCGUCUCCAACUCGGAGGAGUUUGCGCGCCACUUCUCCUGCGCUCCCGGCACUCCCAUGAACCCCGCCGACAGGUGCUCCGUGUGGUGACCACGGGACCUCGACGACCACGAUGGUGGCGGCGGCAGCUGCCAUGAUGACCGCGGUGGUGGUGGUGUUAUUGUUCGUGAUGGUGGUGUUGUGUGUGUGUGUAUGUUUAACUUCUUUUGCACUGUACGUAGCCAACCAUGCAAACGGAGGUGCGGGUGAAGGACAACAAACUAAACACACAAAGCAGUUCUCAAGAAAUGAGUUUUGUCAGUCUCGAUGAUUUAAAAAUGCGUAGCUCCCUGUGACUUUCUAAUAUCGAACGGAAGAGCGUCCCAGACGGCUGCAAAAGGGCAUCUAAAAGCGCGCGAUGGAGUGGCCGUCUUUGUUCGAUGGAUAGCCAAACAGAAAGUUGGUACAUGAUCAUGGCAUCUUUGUCUCAAUGUCAUCGCCGCCGCCGCCAGCAACAGCUGCCCCAAUCACCUACAGCGGCGGCAGCGGCACUGUUAUCACCUCUGUAAACCGACCGCGGUAAACUUCAAGGAUUGCCAAACCCACCGUCACCAACAGUGAAUUACUCUACCGGUGUCAUGCACAAGCGUCAUUGUUAACAUGCUACAGCAACCUGCACCACGACUUCCACUGGGAUUCACUUUCACUGCCACCGUCAAAUUAACAAAAGCGACUGGAUCACAACCUGCAGCAGCAGCAGCAGCACCACGGGGAACUCCCUCCACCAACCUCGCCAUCAACGCCACCAAAAUAGGCCAUCGCCGCCCCCAACAACCCUUCACUAUCGACAGCAUUGUCCUCAUCGUCAUCAUCAUCAUCAAAUGCACCAUCACAACAAUAGACCACGUGCGUCGGCACCACAAAGACCAUGACGUUAAAUGAUUUCCUUAAGCGCGACCACGAACCCUUGUGCCUUGAUGAGUCUGGCUUAGCAGAAUGACACGUUUUGUCGUACGUUUGUAUAUUGCGCCUAUAUUAAAAUCGAAUUGGAGGUAAAUUCAGAAAGUUUACCAAGGGAGCACUGGGUUAUUAAACGACAAUGAUUUGCGGUGAAGUCGACUUGGUGUUACGCGGAGGGUUGGGAAAUCGGUGAGUACCGCUACCGGGCACCACGGUGGCGAGAUGUUAAAUACCUCGCCUGGUAUACAGGAGGUCGUGGGUUCGAGCGGUCUUCUUCUUUUGCGUGUCAAGGGCCCGCGGCGGGCGGGGUCGUGUGAAAGGGGACUGCAUUUCCCACGACUGUCCCAUGCGCAGGGAAGAUUUUUUGGGGGGGCGGGGGUGAUAUUCCACAGGGUAAGCGAAUGGGGGGGGGAGGGGGGCUCUCGGCCAUCGUAACUUAUUAUUGUUGUUGUUGUUGUUCAGUAAAGCCAGCGUGUGCAACCUACGUCCGCUGCCGGGCACGCCUCCUGCACGUUCACGCUUGCCAGUGGUGUCCCGAGCGCAGGGCUUUGAAUUCUCGCCGGUUCGACUCGGGAGUCGGGCGGCGGGGCGUGGCUCACAGGCCACGAGAGGGGAGAUGGACGCACUUGCUGGAUGCGGUGUUGCGCGUGCGGAGAUAUCUCUCGGGUAGACUGGAGCAGGUGGUGGCACACGAGCCUCUUGGCCGCAAGUUGAGAUGCGGUGUGCCGGAUUUUUGAAAAAUGUUUUCUGGGUCAUUGACCCGGACAGACGCCGGUGAAUUUCAGCCCUGCCUGAGCAAUGCAGUAGUGUGGGGCGCACGACUUGAAAAGCAGUCCGCCUUCGAUUACUAUUGAUGAACUUAAUGUAAUCCUGAUUUUUGUUCCAUUACAAGUAAUGUAAUCUGGCUUGACCUAAGAAAAUCCAGCGCUGUGCUACAGCUCUCGCCAUGUGGCAGUGACUAAAUCUGUGGGCAAUGAGACCAGACCAGGGAGCCACGGUGGCUAUGAGAUGUUAACUACCUCGCCUGGUGUACAGGAGGUCGUGGGUUACAUCCCGACCCUGACGCCUGCUGUAUGUUUGGAGUUUUGGUGUUCUCCCCGUGGUCGCCUGGAUUUGUCUCCAGGUCCUCCGGUUUUUCCCUCCACAUUUAGAAUCAACGUGCGUUCCGAGUAUUUGGCUGCUAUAAAUUUGCACGUGAUAAGCCACUUCUCGUUGGGCUAUCAUCUGUGGUCAGGUCGCUUCUGAAAAGGAGCUACAUAGCUCAGUGAGGCCUUACCUGAUAAAAUAAAUAAAUAAAAGUUUAGCAAUAGUUUAGACAUCUUUUCACUUGUCAGCGCCACCUGAGAUGACAUCGCGUUCCUCGUUCUCAUUUCUUCACGGGGCCAACAGCGGUGAAGUCUGUGAUACCCAUUUCAAGUGAGUGGGGUUCACCUUCAUAAUUCACCCGCACCAGCCAUGUUAAUGAAUCGCUACGAAUAAUUGUGAUAUGCCACCUGGGCCCGAUUCCAGUUGCUGCCCUGGUCUACAUGGGCUCCUGUGUGCACUUUGACUGCAUUAGCCCCGAGCUGCGGGCUCCAUCGUUCCUAUCAUUGGUGUUUGUGAAUCAAAGGCGAUGCUAAAGUUAAAGGACAGCAGUAGAACCCCUCUUAACGACGGUAAUUGCUUCCACCAAACCGGUCAUUAAGUGUUUUAGUCGUUAAGCGAGUAGAGGAAUUUCACGUUAAAGACUUAAUUAGUUCCGAUAGUAUCGAAAGUUACCCCUUUUCACCAAAAAAAACGUGCUUUAUGUUUAAACAAUUUAUAUUAAUACACAAAGAUACUAACAUACACGCAUAAUAAUAAAAUAAAUAUGGUUUAGUCAAUGCAUUAAUUUAUAUUUACUGUACCUACAACAGCCCGUCAUGAACGGGGCAAUGGUCGGUAAGCGAACACAUUGGGCUCUAUGGAGACGCUACUAUACACUAUACACUACACUUAUACACUACAAUACUAUACACUACAAUACUAUACACUACUAUACACUACACUAUUAUACACCACAAUACUAUACACUACAAUACUAUACACCACUAUACACUACAAUACUAUACACUACACUAUACACUACACAUUGGGCUCUAUGGAGAUGCUACUAUACACGACACUUAUACACUACAACACUAUACACUACAAUACUAUACACUACAACACUAUACACUACACUAUACACUACAACUCUAUACACUACACUACUAUACACCAGAGGUGGGACAAAGUCAUUGUUAUGCAAGUCCAAGUCGAGUCUCAAGUCAUCAAAUUCAUGACUCGAGUCUGACUCGAGUCCAAGUCACAUGACUCGAGUCCACACCUCUGCUAUACACUACACAUUGGGCUCUAUGGAAGUCCGUCGUUAAGCGACGAGUCGCUAGGAGGGGCUCUACUCGACACGGGUGAGUCGUUAAGAGGGGCUCUACACGAUGAGUCGCUAGGAGGGGCUCUACACGAUGAGUCGCUAGGAGGGGCUCUACUCGACACGGCUGCGUUGCCGGCAAUCGCCUUUGGUCAUCCGAUGUGGGCGCCGCGUGAGGCUGUCGUGCGCGUCGCCUCCCCAACUCCGACUCCGCGCCGAUGCAAAACGCCACUCGGUGUCUUCAAGCGUUCCUGCCUUGGUGUGCGCGCACACACAUUGCUGUAUGUCGGGCGGGGCGGGGAGACUUGUGAACGCGUUUAUUAUGGUUGACGUUUACAUAAAGGCGUGCAACGUGUAUACAACGUG